UACUCCAUUCAGUUGUGCUCGCAACGUUGUUGAGUGCGGUUUAUUCAAACGGUCGGUUGUUCGUUUGUGUUGAUCACGAUUAGCGCUCUCAUUGCUUCAAAUAACUGUGGAAAAUCUUAUCAGCUUCUUUAGUGCGAAACAAAACUGAAAGUGCAUUUUCGACAAAGUUUGAUUUGACAGCAACAUAAAAAGAAGUGAUUGCGAAAAGCCGUCAAGGGGCUGUUGCACCUGUUUCCUGUCCCAAUCGGAAUCGAUAACAUAUAGCAUAAUGCGGCACGUACGCGCCUUUGGCCACGCAUAAAAAUGUGAAGUGCAUAACAUAAGAAGAAACAUAACUACAAAAGAAAGAAAACAGAUAAACCAUAAAACCAAAAAGAAGACCCUACAACUACAAUAAACGGCCUUGUGCAUUUUUUUUAGUGUAUUUACAAUCCAUCAACAUUGUUUUUGGGAUUACACACACACACACAUUUAUACACACUUUGGAUUAUCCCAAAAAAGAUCUGAACUUGAUUGAACUUUUGAAAGAUGCUGAAACACGUACAAAUCUCGCCGUUGCGCAAUCGCUCCGAUUCGCUCUCGCUGCGCUCCUCGAGCAACGCCUCCUCCUGCGCCAGCUCCAUGUGCGGCAGUCCGGAGCCGCCCACCGAUAUGCAGCGAACGCCAUCGCGCGCCUCCAGCUACUCGAGCCUCAACGAGCAGCUGCCACAGACCACAAUCAAAGUCUACACAAACUGCCUGAAGAUCGACAUUGAGUACAAGACGCUGGGCAUUCAGUGGGACACGACGAGCAAGGAGGUGAUUGCACAGCUCCUGAGACGCUUGAAGAUGCGCCAUCGGGAUCCGCGCCUCUUCUAUCUGUCCAUGGAGGUGGCUGUGCGGCGAGCAGGGGUGAAGACCAUACUGGUGCUGGACGAGGACACACGGCCGGCCAUCCUGCAGGCCUGCCAUCCCAAGGGCGAGUCGCGCUUCUGCCUGCAGCUGAAGGCGGGCGGCCUGAUCCGCGUGCACACCUCGGCGCUGCAGCCGAGCUCGCAGUACAAGUCGCUGGUCAUCAGCGAGGAGACGACCUGCGACGAGCUGCUGCAGCUGCUGCUGGGCUGCUACAGCUCCCUGGAGCCCGUCGAGAACUUCUCGCUGUACGAGGUCUGCCCGGGCCAGGAGUGCCAGCGCAAGCUGCAUCCGGACGAUCUGCCGCUGCGCGCGCAGGCCGAGCGCCUGCGCCGGGGCGAGAACUGCCACUUCCUGGUGCGGCGCACGCCCAACUAUGCGCGUCGUCGCCAGCUGCUGGCCAACCUGAACGAGGCCAUCAAGCAGAGCUACGAGAGCGAUGCGUCGGCUGUCUCUGCCGCCGCUGCCGCUGCUGCUGCAGAUGCGGAUGCGGAUGCCGUUAGCCUGCUGGAGCUAUCGCUCGAGUCGGAUCUGUCGCUGUCGGAGGAUUUGCGCAGCUGCAGCAGCAGCGAGGAUGCCGAGGAUGAUGAAUGCGCCAGCAGCUCCGGCUCCUCGGACACCUCCACCGAAUGCACACUGCGUCGCGACUUCUUUCAGCGACGCACGCCGGUGCAGGUGAACGGAAAUGCGGCCAGUUCGGCCGUAGCUGCCGCAAUCUCUAGCUCUGCCUCCUCCUCCUCCUCCUCCUCUUCGGCCUCGCCGUCGCCCGCUCGCGCUUACAGUCCCGUCUACAACAUACGCGAAAUACGCACCGCCACACACUCGUUCUCCUCGCUGGGCAAGGACAAAAAGCUGCUGGACAUCCACAUGAAUGCGCGCUAUGCGCCAGCUGGCAUCUACAACCGCCUGCUGCCCGUCGCCGAGGACAGCCAGGACGGCCUCGACGUCAAUGGCAAUGCAACAGCAGCGACAACAACAACAACAGCGACUGCGACAGCGACAGCAACAGCUAAUACUAAGCUCGCAGCGGAGGCUGUUAACAAUAAUCCAGCGAAAGGCUUGGGCCACUUUGUCUAUUUGUAACUAGUCAAGGCCACAAGUUGUACAUAGAGAGGCAGGCAAUGCGAGAGAGGGUAAGAGAGUGAGAGAGAGAGAGAGAGAGAGAGCAGAGAGCGCGAGAGUGGAAAUAUCCCCAAAAAGAAACGUAAACCGUUUGGACCAAAGAUGCAUUUGUAGUUUAAGCCUAAGUGUAAAUAGUUAAGAGAUAGAGAGCGAAAGCGAGAGGGAGAUGCAGAGAGAGAGGGAGAAAUUGAAGCUUUUGGCAUUUGUUGCACAACUAAAAGCUGGUAAAUCCAAGAUUACUAAAGGAGUCUAUAGCUUGAGGCUUUAGUCGCGUAGCUAAAGCUAAACUAAGUCGUCGGAUAUCUGAGCACCUAACAAAAGCACCUAACACUUAAGAUAAAUAUAUGUAGAAACCAAAAAGAUAUUCUAAUAAUAUAAACUAGAAGAAAAAAAGAA